AUGAAAGUCACAGCCGCGUUCGUCUUGUUGGGUGUGUUGGCCGUCGGUGGUAGUGCCGAGUGGAUCGACAUCGAUUGGUCGCAGGUGAAGCCAGUCGAGGAGUUCGAUCAUUACUGGACCCGUCUGCCGGCCGAAUGGCAAGUGUACCGCAACGCAAACCCUCUACGCCGCAUCGUCAAUGGAGUGGAAGCCCUGCCUGGUCAGUUCCCGUACCAGGUGGCGCUGCUCAGUAACAUUGGCACCGGUACCAGUCUGUGUGGUGCGACGGUCAUCACGAACAACUACAUCCUGACGGCGGCUCACUGUGUCGUUGGUGGUGGUGGUGCGGUGGCCCAAAGUGGAACGGCCAUCCUGGGAGCUCACAAUCGCCUCAACGAAGAAGAGACUCAGCAGCGUAUCGGCUUCACUCAGGCCGGUGUCGCCGUACACCCGGGCUACGAUUCAUCGACGAUCCGCAACGAUAUCGCCACGGUGCGUUUGAACAGCCCAGCUCAGUUCAAUGAUCGUGUUCAACCCAUCCGGUUGCCAGCUCGUGCCGAUGGUCGUGACUUUGCUGGAUUGGAGGGAACUGCGUCCGGCUUCGGUCGUACGUCGGAUGCCAGCACCGCCACCUCUCCCGUUGUUAUGUUUACGCGCAAUCCGAUCCUCUCGAACGCUGAUUGCAACACGUCCUGGAGUACUGCCUUGGUGCAGGAUCAAAACGUAUGCCUCAGUGCGGUUGGUGGACGCUCCCCCUGCAACGGUGAUUCUGGUGGUCCGCUCGCUGUCCAGGAUGGUGGCAGCAGUCUGGAGGUCGGUAUUGCUUCGUUCGUUUCGGCCGCCGGUUGUGCGUCCGGAGCGCCCUCGGUUUGGGUACGCGUCUCGUUCUUCCGGGACUGGAUCGAACAGAACUCGGACUACGUGUUCUGA